AUGAGUAAAACUCCCAAAGACAAGAAGGAUGACAUUGCUAUCGACGUCAUCCCUCUCCCCAAAACAGACAAGAAGAAGAAGAGUAUCUUUCAGAAGCUUUUUGGUAAGAAGGAAGACAAGACGACUGUCGUCUCCGUCAAACAAGGGACUCAUAUGACUUACGAUGAGAAGGCUGGGAUUUCCGGGUACCCCCCACAAUGGGAAGCCUUCAUUAAAGGUUCUGGUCUUGUUAAAGAAGAAAUCGAGCAGAUUGAGAACAACAAAGAUCAGAACGCAGCCUUUGAGGAUGUCGUCAAAUUCCACUUAAAAGCAGAGCCUUCUGCUUUGAAUAAGAUUUUAAAGCCCAAAUCGGACGACGACGAUACAGCGGAGAUGCUUGAGAUCGACGACCCCGAGUCGGUCUUACCCGAGAAGGACACUGAAAUGACGUUAGAGCAAUUAGCUGAGCCGGGAUUGCCUGAAGACUUCUUUGAGAACUUCAGUAAGAUAGGGGAGGGAGCUGCUGGGGAAGUCUUCUUAGCACAGAACAAGAAAGAUGGGAAAGACUUUGCUUUAAAGAAGUGUGUGAUUACCUCGAAGAAUGAGAAGAGUUUGAUCAAUGAAAUUGAAAUCAUGAAGAAUUGUAAGCACGUCAACAUCGUCUCGUUCUUCGGAAGUUAUUUGGAAGAGGGAUAUGUUUGGGUCGUCAUGGAAUUCAUGGACUCCGGGUGCCUCACAGAGAUCCUCACAGAGUAUGAAAAUGGGUUCAAAUUAACAGAACCACAAAUGGCUUUUGUGUUGCGCGAAGUGAUGCGUGGACUCUUGUACCUCCACCAGAGACAUAAGAUCCACCGCGACAUCAAAUCAGACAACAUUUUGAUCUCCUCCGACGGUUCAGUGAAAAUCGGUGACUUUGGAUACGCAGCGCAGUUGACGUCGCAAAGAGAUAAGAGAAAUUCUAUUGUAGGAACACCUUAUUGGAUGGCUCCAGAAGUAAUAAGAAAUAAAUUGUACGACGCUAAAGCUGAUAUCUGGUCCAUCGGAAUUAUGAUGAUGGAAAUGACGGAGGGAGACCCCCCGUAUAUGGAAUUACCACCACUUAGAGCGUUGUUCUUGAUCACGACAAAGGGUAUCCCACCACUGAAAGAGAGAGAAUCGUGGACGCCAGACCUCGUGAAAUUGGUAGAGUCGUGUCUGAUGAAAGACCCCAAUUUACGACCGACGAGCGAACAGGUCUUAGAAAGUCCGUUUGUAGCUUCUGCGUGCAAGAAGGAAGAGUUCGCACAGGUUGUAGCAGAAACCCACAAGUAG